ACCGUUUCGCCAUUCCACGACGAAAACAUGUCCUUCAAAUCUGGCUUCCUGUUAAUUGCGCUCCUAGCGGGGAGCUAUGCAUUUCCAGCUGAAAAUGACAUGUCGAUCUUUUUCGACCACACGGAUUCCUCAUCCCGUAUCGUUGGAGGGACGACCGCCGGUCGAGUUCCCUAUAUGGUAGCGUUGACCACAGGUGCGAUGGUGAGAAACUUGCUUUGUGGCGGCUCCUUGGUAACUUCCAGACACGUCUUGACUGCCGCCCAUUGCAUCGCGGGCGGUAACUUUGUCAGCUCUCUUCGAGGCCACGUUAACACCAACCGCUUCGCCAGCGGUGGUACUUCAUACUCGUUCUCUAGCCGCAUCAUUCAUCACGGCUACAAUGCAAAUACUAUUAAAAAUGACAUCGGUCUCCUAGUCACUUCUUCCAACGUAGCGUUGUCGAGCUCAGUGUCCCUAGCACCUGUGAACUUCAACUUUGUCGGUGCUGGCGUCCCAACCACUGUCACCGGAUGGGGAAGAACUAGGAGUGGUGGUUCUCUAUCUCAAGUCCUUUUACAACUGAGCGCCACCGUCGUCGAUGGAAACGUUUGCAGGACUCGUGUCGCACAACGCGCUCAAGAAAUCUCCCUUAGGAAUGUACCGCCUGUCAACCCUGACGUAGAAAUCUGUACCUUCCACUCCAACGGCCGCGGAACGUGCAAUGGUGACUCCGGCAGUCCGCUGAUGCGCGCCGACCGCAACCAGCAGAUCGGAGUCGUGUCCUGGGGUCUGCCGUGUGCGCGCAACGCUCCCGACAUGUUCGUACGUCUCAGCGCAUUCCGUUCAUGGUUCGAACAAAACACGCGAUAGACACGAUACCACGCGUGAACUCUAGUGAAACUCAGGACCGAAUUUCUAUCGACUUGACUUGAAAUAAAUAAUUACCGUAUAUUGCACAUUAUUCCUUUUAAACCAACUUCAAAAAAGCAGGAAGUUCUUAAUUAGACUGUAUUUAUUUGUUA